AACAUAAAGAGAGGAUUUAAAUAAAAAACGCUGCGACGAUCCCAACCGUUCAUCGUAUCAAAAUCGUCCUUAUCGAACGGGUCUAGAACGCUCCAACAGUUUCCCAUCUAGAAAAAAAAUGGAAAAUUUAAACAAAGUUCAUUUCCUCGUAUAAAGAAUCAACCCCCCAGGAAUAGCUUGUUCUACAUAUAAGCUCUCACUGUACGUGUUUCCACUAAGUAUCGAUCGAGGACGAAGAGAGAAUGGGUCCGGGACUCUACUCCGACAUCGGAAAAAAAGCAAGAGAUCUUCUUUACAGGGAUUACCUUACGGAUCAGAAGUUUGCUGUCACUACCGAAACCGCUAAUGGAGUUGCUAUUACUGCAUCAGGCACAAAGCAAAAUGAUCUUAUUUUGGGCGAGAUCCAUUCUCAGCUAAGGAAUAAGAAUAUUGCUGUCGACAUCAAAGCAAAUUCAGAUGCAAAUCUUUUGACGACAGUUACUGUUGAUGAACUCGCCACUCCUGGUUUGAGAACAAUAUUCAGCUUCGUAGUACCUGAUCAGAGAUCCGGGAAGGUUGAAUUGCAAUACUUGCACGACUAUGCAGGGAUUAGCGGGAGCAUUGGGCUGACCGCUAACCCCCUUAUCAAUCUCUCUGGUGUGGUUGGAAAUAAUGUCUUUGCUCUUGGGGCUGAUGUUUUAUUUGAUUCUGCAACAGGAAACUUCACCAAGUAUAAUGCUGGAUUCAACAUAAUCAACUAUGACCUUAUCGCCUCACUGACCGUGAAUGAUAAGGGAGACAGCGUUAGUGCUUCGUACUACCAUCUUGUGAGCCCGCUGACGAGCACGGCUGUCGGGGGCGAGCUCACGCACAACUUCUCAACCAAUGAAAAUACUCUAACCUUCGGGACGCAGCAUGCUCUUGAUCCUCUGACUUUGGUGAAGGCUCGAUUCAACAAUUCUGGCAAAGCAAGCGCCCUCAUCCAGCAUGAGUGGAGGCCCAAAUCAUUCGUCACCAUCUCCAGUGAGGUCGACACUAAGGCCAUCGAGAAGAGUGCGAAGGUCGGCUUGGCUUUCCUGCUUCAGCCGUGAUAGAGCACUUUUUCUUGCUGAGUGCGGGUUCUUUAAUAAUGCUUCAUGGAUGUUUCUUAGUUUCUGUUUCGGAGGGUUUCUAAUGUUAUCUUUUGUUCUAGUCUUUUUUUCACUACCAACUUGUACAGAACUUAAAAGCUCUUAAUUCUUAUAGAGCAGUAAGAAUAUCACCAUCCUAGUUCUUAUGCUUCAAAA